AUGGUUAUUUUUGUAGAAAAUCCACAAAAUUGUGAUAUUAUUGAUGGAAAGGCAGCAGCUGGUACUCCUGUUGGUGGCAAGCCUGUAACCAAAAAUGCUAGAUUUAUACAAAUAGCUUUAUUUGUAAACAAACAGUCAACUGGCUGUUGGGCUACUUAUAAAAAACUAUAUAUAGAAACUCGAAAGCUAGUUAAUAAAUCUGGGUGGGAAUUAACUGAAAAUGAUCAUAAAAAGGGUAUUACAACUAUAGAAGUUAAAUUAAAUAAUGAAGAUAGUGCAAAUAAAACUUUAAAUGAAUUCAAUAAUAAUCAAGAACAAAGUAAAGAUGAAUUAGAUAGUAUAUAUAGUCAAAAUGAAAAAACCACAUUAUCAUUUACAUUAGAUAAUAUUUAUUUAGAAGAUGAAUCUGAUGAUAAUUUAUCAAAUAAUCUUAAUAAUGAUGAUGAAGAUUUAUUAGCUGAAUCAAAUGAAUUGAGCUCUAAUUGUAAUAAAAGAAAAUACAAUUCUGAAGACACUUCAUCAAAAUGGCAACAUUUAUUAUCAUCAUCUAAAAAUAAAAAUACAAAAAAUUCUGAAGAAAAAAGACUUGAAUAG